UGUUGUCUUCUCUGUCUCACAGAAAUUGACAGUUUAACCUCUCGAAGAAGAAGAGGAGAAGACGGAGCUUCUCCCGCCGCGUUCAGAUCAACGAAUGAAGCACGCCUCCCGCAUUGAGAGCGAGCUUGAGUGCGAUUGACGCUUACUCCUUCCUAAUCGGACCAAUCCCCGCUCCCUUCAGAUCUAAACAAGCAAGUUCGAGGUGGUGCUGAAUUGAAUUGAAUUGCCGCUUGGUUUGUUGCUUGGAAGCUUUUCCGAUCGCGUUUGCUCUCUGCGCAACCCCCCUGCUAGUUUGGCUGUUCUGUGGCAGUUAGGGCUCAAGCGAGUGCUUUUAAAGUUCUGUUUGCCGGGGCGAAAUGGAGGAAAAUCGUUGGAUUCUAUUAAGGGUUUUGAUCUGAAAUCUGCGGCUUCCGAGAUAGCUGCUCCCAUAGUUGAGUGGUAAUGAUUCUGGUGAUCUGAGGGAAUUCUGUCGGGGAAGAAUCGGCGGCCCUGUGAAUGGAGAAGAACAAGAACAGGACUGAUCUCCUCGCAGCUGGACGUAAGAAGCUUCAACAAUUCCGCCAGAAAAAAGAUGGAAAGGGAGAAACUAGCCAAGGAAAAUCCACAAAGAAGCCCAGUAAAUCAGAGCAGCUUGAGUCUAAUGCAGUUGAUGCCGCCUCCAAACCACAAGAUAUUGACGUGGAAGCUGCUUCACAGUGCGUUGAUCCUGCUGUGAUACCUGCAUCUAGUUCAGUGCCACCUGCAUCAGACAAUUCAGUGGUUUCUGAAGUACCCAGUGUGUCUUCGGAAAUUCGUACAGUUGCUGGGCCAUCUUCGAGAGAUUUAGAUGCAGAUAAACCCAUCUCAUCUGCAGGACAGGUUGAAGGAGAAAGUACUAGUGUGGGAACAGUCGAUGGUGAAUUUUCAUCUACAGAAGUCCCUGAAGUUCUGGACUCUGAAGAGAAACUUCCUCUUAUCAGUAUACCCCCCAGUGCAAGUAGUGUUGCUCCAGCUAGUAUUGAUGAUACGCCAGGGGAAACAGCUGCUGCGGACAGCAUGGAGAGUACAGAAGAUGAGGAGUCAUUGCUCUCGCAUGAAUAUAUAUUGGUUGGAUCCUUGAAAAAUGCGAAGGGAUCUCAGGUAGGGGCAAUGCAAGAAGCUGAUACUUUGGGUCCAGCUCAAUUUAGUGGAGAUGGUGAGCUGGACCAUGGCGCAGAUAGAAGGGCCCCAGUGUCCGAACUUGCAGUGACUUCAGAACUGCAAUGUUUCCCCAAGUCAACCUCAGGACAUGUUGAAGAGGCAAGAUAUGAAAUGGUCCAAGCAGAAGAGUCUUCUGCAUCAGCUGUUCUUGCUCACGGCUGUGAUGAGUUUUCCCAUCCUUCCUCAUCUGUGCUUGAAGCAGAUGGAUUUUCGAAAAUUAGUCACGAAUGCGGAGAUCAGGAGAGGGAAGAUAGAACUGGUAUUGAGAACUCGGUCUUUAAUGAAUGUAGUAGUUUAAAUAGGAAAUGUGAUGAAACCGAUGUGAACGUCAGAGAACUCAAAGAGCGAUGUCAAGAUUUGGGUGGUCAAGGAUAUAAAGGCAAUAGCUGUGAAGGCCAUUUGGAAAGUGAAAGUGCAACAUCAACUGGGUUAACUGUAUCCCAGUGUGCCGAUUCUGGCUCGAUUAGCCUUUCCCAACUCAUAGAUGUGGUAAAGAGACUUGGAGAAGAUGACUAUAAUUUACUGCUGGCAUCCAGAUAUUUUGUUUCUGAUGGAAAUGCCCAGAGAAAUGGUGGCGCAGUGGUUCCAGAGUGCAUCCAUCCAAGUGUCAUCGAGCAGUUUGAAGAAGAAUUAUUUUUGGCUAAUAUCACAACAGAUGUGCUUUGCUGGCAACUUGAGGAAAAUUCCAAGUUUCAGGUGGGAUUUCAUAGCUGUCAGCAGCAGUUUGUUAAUGAGAUUUCCAUGCUUCAUAAUUCAGUAGAUGCAUUUAGUGAGAAGAAUGAGAGCCUAACUGAGGAGCUUGUAUUGUUGAAAUCUGAACUUCAGGCUGUUAUUAGUGGGAGAGAUGAUCUCCAAAACCAGCUGCAUGCUAAGAAGUUGGAAGCUGAGGAACUUCAUGAGAGAGUACAUGGACUCCAGACUGCUCUGGAAGAUUUACAGCAGAAUUUUUUGAGUCAGUCCAUUGAAUUAGCUGAUUGCAAGAGUGCAUUAGCAGCACUUCAGAUGGAAAACCAUAAACUAAGCAGGGAUGUUGCAUCUGUUACUGAGGAGUGGAACAUACAGGAGGAGGAAAAGAAAAACAUGUCCCAUGUAAAUGAGAAGCUGUCCAUUGAAUUAGCUGAGUACCAGAAUAUGGUAGCCAGUUUCAGGGGACAACUUUCAAUAUUAGAUGAUGCUCUUUCUUCAGCGACAGAUAGAGGCAACAAACUUGAGGAAGAGAAGGAAGGCCUUGUGCAUGAAAAUGAGAGGCUAUACACUACUUCAGCUGAUUCCAAGCGUUUGCUCGAGGUAUUGCAGAUUGAGAAAGACAACUUCUCAGAGAGCCUUGGCGCAGUGUCAAGGGAGCUGGAAAAGACCAAGGAGGAGCGGGAGUUUUUCGGUCGUGAGUGUGAGAGACUCUCAUCCGAGCUUCUUCUCAUUAAGGAGCAGUUUUCCUCAGAAAAGGAAGGGCGCAUGCGGAGUGAGGAUGAACUGAAAGAAAAAAUAAUUAGCCUUGAAAAGCUUGCAGAGGAAAACAGGUCUCUCGGCAGCACCAUAGAUAUGUAUACAGCCAAGAUAAGUGACUUAAAUAACAAGCAAUUCCAAGCAGAUUCGUUUGCUGGGGAUGCUGUUAACCAAUUUCAAAAUUUUGAUGAAGCCCUCAUAAACCAAGUCUAUGGAGCUACCUUUCCAGUAGCCGAGUCAGUAUUGAGUCAGCAGACAAUGUGGCCUCCUGUUGAGCUUGUUGGUCAGCAAAUCUCCGCUGCUUCCUCUGCAUUUGAAGCUCUGAGGGGACACUCAUUGGAACUUGAUAAGAUGCUGCAGAAACUUGAAAAGGCGAUUGAGGGGAUGCAUUCUAAUUCCACAUACCCAAACAAGUCAGAUGAAGGGACUGGGCCUGGGAUAUCAAAACUGAUCCAAGCCUUUGAGUCGAAGGGACAUCUCAGUGAGCAAAACCAAGAGACAGAGUCUUUAAUGGAAGAUCAGUCACAUGUAGAUCCAUAUAUGUCAUCGAGGGAGCAAAUCAGAAAUUUGAAAAUGAUGGCUAAGCAAUUGGGUCUUGAUGUCGAGCAUGCUACUCUGCUGUUCAGUAGAGAGCUUAAGCACAGGAGGACCACAGAUGUCAAAGUUGAGCAGCUGGGGGCUCAAAGUGAGAUCUUCAAGGAACAUGCGGACUCUAUCCAUGCACUCAGCAUUGAGCUUGGAGUUUUGUACGAAGUGAUAAAGCAACAACUGUAUGACAGUGAAAUCAAGAAAACUCAGCUUGAGACUGUAUGUGAAGAACUUAAGCUGCAAGAUAUCCCUCUAAGAGCAGAAAACAAUCAGCUUAUUUUGAAGCUUAAAGAUUAUGAAUCCAAAGUUAGCAAUUUGCAAAAUCAGUUGCAUGACUUGCAGCACACUUCAGGGGACAUUGAAUCUUUCUUGGUUGGACAAUUGGAAACUUUGCAAAGAGAGGCAGCUGAAAGUGCAGUGAUAAGCCAGCUAAGGUGGACAGCUGUCGCUUCUGAAGUUUUUGAAUCAGUUCAGAAGCUUGAGGCCUAUACGUCAUUGAUAUCAGCUCGAACUUUUCAUGAUGUGGAUUUGGGUAGAUAUGUGGCUUCUUCCAUUAGUGCGGCUAUCAAGGUGAUUGAAGACUUGCAGGAAAAAUUGAAAUGUGUUGACAAAGAUCAGAAAGCAUUUGACGACCUGUACCAAGAAGUGAAUGAGAAAUUGCUUAUUUCGCAGGGAAAGAGUGACUUGGCUAUUAGUAGACUGCACAGCAUCUAUGAUAAGCUUAGAGAACUUGUGUUGUCCUCAUCUGGGUCCAUGGAACAAUAUGCGGUACAAACAGAAGAAAAAGAAGUGUCAGAUACUCUAGAUGACAGUAAUUAUGACUCUCUUUUGGAAAGACUGAGAAGUAUUCUGGGUGAGAGGCAGCAAAUUGGGUCUGAAGUUAUUGCCCUUCAGUCCAAGCUAUCUGCUAGAAUGCAGGAUAUCCAGGAAUUGGAAGCCAGAUGCAUUGAUAUGGAUUCAAUUCAUAGGUUGAUAACAGCUGUUGGAGGUGUACUGGAGCUGGAGGCAGCAGAAUGCAAUUUGAGUGAACGCCCACUUCGCCUUUUGGAGUCACUUAUUCAUGCUCUAUUUAAGAAAUGUGCAGAGGCAAAUAAGCAUAUUGGUCUUUCCAGUGAUGAUAUGGAAUAUAACAGGGUGCAAUUAACAGAAUUGCAGGAAAAGUUGAACCAAUCAAGCUCUUUGAAUCUUCAGCAUGAGGGUGAAAUCCUUAUUCUGAGGGAAAGCUUGACCCAGGCUGAAGAAGCCCUUGUUGCUGCUCGAGCAGAACUAAAGGAGAAGGCUGUUGAACUGGAGCAAUCAGAACAGCGAGUAUCUUCUAUCAGAGAAAAGCUGAGCAUAGCAGUUGCUAAGGGGAAAGGUUUAGUUGUACAACGAGAUCAUCUAAAGCAGAAACUUGCAGAGACAUCCGGUGAACUUGAAAAAUGCUUGAAGGAGCUAGAGUUGAAAGAAGCUAGAGUCCAUGAGGUUGAGGCUAAACUGGUGAGUUAUUCAGAGGCAGGUGAGCGUGUGGAAGCUCUGGAAUCUGAACUCUCAUACAUCCGCAACUCAGCUACAGCUUUAAGGGAGUCAUUUCUUCUGAAAGAUUCAUUGCUGCAAAGGAUAGAAGAGAUUUUGGAAGAUCUUGAUCUGCCUGAGCAUUUUCAUUUCAAAGACAUAAUUGAAAAAGUGGAUUGGUUAGCAAGAUCAGUCACUGGAAAUGCUUUGCCUCCUGCUGAUUUGGAUCAGAAGAGCUCAGUGGGAGGUUCAUACUCAGAUACUGGUUUUGCAGUCAUGGAUGCCUGGAGAGAAGACAUGCAGCCAAGCUUGAACCCAAGUGAUGACCUGCGAAGAAAAUAUGAUGAACUGCAGGGUAAAUUUUAUGGGUUGGCCGAGCAAAAUGAGAUGCUUGAGCAAUCAUUGAUGGAAAGGAACAAUUUGGUGCAGAGAUGGGAAGGACUUCUGGACAGGAUCAAUGUGCCUAUGCAUGUGCGGUCUGUAGAGCCAGAGGAGAAGAUUGAGUGGCUGGCCAAUGCACUUUCUCAGGCUCACCAUGAUAGAGUGUCUCUUGAGCAGAAGAUUGAUGAAAUUGAAACAUAUUGUAAUUCACUCACCUCUGAUCUUGAAGAUUCUCACCAUAGAAUAUCAAACCUUCAGAAUGAGAUUGAUGUUCUUGUGCGUGAGAGAGUGGAUCUCUCUCAAAGAUUGGAGAUGUUGACCCAGAAUAAUGAGGAACUUUCUGGUAAGGUCCAUCAUUUCGAGGUUGAGAAAGACAAUCUGCUGUCUGAAAGGAGUCAAUUGCAUGAAGAAUUAGCUCGGAAGGUUGAAAAAAAGGAGAAUGCCCAGAGAAUUGAACAGGAGAUACGAAAGUUGCAAGAUAUGGUUAGUGAAGUGUUGCUUGAUCAGGUUACAGAGGAUUUCUGUUCUGGUGGCUCAAAUAUUGAGAUCUUGGCUGUAUUGCUGAAGAAACUUAUUGAGAAAUAUGCUGCUGUUUCUUCUGAUCCCUUGGUUUCAGAUGGAGAUGUACCUGUUAAUAGGAAUGCUGAUGCAGCUGGCCCCAAACUAAGAACAAGAGAGACAAUGGACACAGAGGAACAGAACCAGGGGAUUGUGGUGUUGAAGAACAAGGUAGAGGAUGCUUUGGGGGAAUUGAUGCAGGUGAAGGAGCAGAGAGACGAGUUCUUGGAGAAGAACAACUCCUUGAUCGAUCUAGUUGGAGCUCUAGAGAGGAAACGUGAUGAUUUGCAAAGCCUACUUGACAUGGAAGAGCAGAAAUGUGCUUCUGUUAAAGAGAAGCUGAAUGUUGCUGUUAGGAAAGGAAAGUCCUUGGUGCAGCAGCGCGAUGUUUUGAAAAAUACCAUUGAAGAUUUGAACACUGAAGUUGAUAGGUUGAAAUCUGAGGUCAACCGCAGGGAAGAUGCUCUUGCCAGGUAUGAGCAAAGGAUCCAGGAGCUGUCCUCUUACCCACAGAGAGUGGGUGCUCUUGAAUCUGAGAUUUCUUAUUUGAAGAAUCAGUUAACAGAAGCUGAGCGCUAUUGGCAAGAUAAAGAACACAUGAUGGGCUUGAUUUUAAGAACUUUGGCAGACAUUGAUGUAGGAGUGCAAGUUGAUUCUAGUGAUCCUGUUGAGAAAUUAAAACAAAUUAAGAAAAUGUGCUCUGACUUGCGGGUGGCUGCGGUAUCCCUUGAACAGGAGUCAAAGAAGUCAAGAAGAGCUGCAGAGCUACUACUUGCAGAGUUGAAUGAAGUUCAAGAGAGAAAUGAUGGUCUGCAAGAGCAGAUAGCAGAAGCAGCCUCUGAAAUUACCAGACUUUCUGAGGAAAAAGAUGCAGCUAUUUUUCAAUUGAAUGAUUUAUCAUGUUAUCAGUCAGAGGAAAAAAGGAGCAUCUUUUCAGAGCUUACGAAGUUGAAGUCUGCAGUAGGGCUGCUCAGGAAGGUCUUCUCUGAUUUUGAAAGUUCAAUGACUGAUGUUCUGUCACGUGACAGAGAGAUCCUUAAAAUGGUAGAAACAGCAAUUGGGUCAAGUCUACAGCAAAAUGAGGCUAGUGAUGAUGGGAUAAGGCUGACUAUCUCCAGCAUUUUUGGGGCUUUAGAUCUCCAUAAAUUUCAUCAGGAGAACUUCCCAUUCGCCUAUCCUGAGGCAGACUCCAAGAUGUUGGAGCAGCUUGACGGGAAUCUUCUCGAAGACUGUAGUUUUGUUGGAAAUCACCUGCAAGACUUCUUUUUAGGAUUUGGGGUUCUCAAGGAAAGUUUGAAAAAACACUUGGCGCAAUUGCAAGAACAAGCUACCAGUCUUUCUGAAAAAUUGAGUGUUGUUUGCCAUGAAAUAGUCUCUAGAAAGGAGUCAUCUGAAGUAACGGAGAAAGAUAUAAAACAUCUUAUAUCAGCUCAUAAAGAAAAAGACAUGGCAAUUGUUUCCUUGCGUAGGAACAUGGCCUUGCUCUAUGAAGCAUGCUCUAUUUCUCUCAUGGAAAUUGAAAACAGCAAUGCUGCAUUGACUGGUAACAGUUUGUCCAUCGAAGAUCGGGGAGUUAACAGGAAUGCAACAAUAUUUACCUCUGAAGGAUUUUCUUCUAAUGAUCAUGCUCAUCUCUCCUCUGAGGAGUCUGUCAGUAGUUUUGCAGACAGAAUGAUCUCAGCAGCAAAGUCUUUAGCUUAUGCCAAAGCUGACAUUAUGGAAAUUACCCUAAAGGAGUUGAAGAACAGAGUUGCAGAUUUGCAGAAAGAGCUUCAAGAGAAGGACAUCCAGAAGGAUAGGAUUUGCAUGGAGCUUGUCGGUCAAAUCAAAGUAGCUGAAGCUACUGCAACGGGUUACUCGUUAGAUCUUCAAUCAACGAAAGCUCUUGUGCUUGAUUUGGAGAAGCAGGUAAUGGCAGCGGAGGAACAACGGAGCUUAUUGGAGGAAAAGGUGCGGAGAAUGCAAGAUGGGGAAGUGGCUGCUCAAGAGUUACAGGAGAGGCUCAGAUUGCUGACAAAAUUGCUGGCUUCGAAAGACCAAGAAAUUGAGGCCCUGAUGCAAGCACUUGAUGAGGAGGAGUUGCAGAUGGAUGAUUUGACGAAAAAGAUUGAAGAGCUGGAGAGUGUCGUACAACAGAAGGAUCUGGUUGUGAAGGACCUAGAAGUAUCUCGGGGAAAGGCUCUGAAAAAGCUUUCUGUAACUAUGAGUAAAUUUCAUGAGCUUCACCAUUUCUCCACUAGUCUUCUUGCUGAGGUUGAGAAGCUUCAAAUACAAAUGAAAGAAAAGGAUGCCGAGAUAUCUUUCUUAAGGCAAGAGGUCACUAGGUGCACCAAUGAUGUUCUUGCUGCAACACAGUUGAGCAACAAUAGAGAUUCGGGGGAGUUAUUUGAGUUCUUGACAUGGUUCGAUAGCAUGAUCUCCCGGGUGGCGUCAUACGAACUUGAUUAUGAGAAAACUGAUCAAGUACAGGAGUACAAGGAGCUGCUUCAGAAGAGGUUGGCAUCUGUUGUAUCUGAGUUGGAGAGUUUGCGUGUUGCAUCUGAAAACAAGGAUGCAUUGUUGCAAGCUGAGAGAAGUAAAAUAGAGGAGUUGAAGCGGAAUGAACUAACUCUUGAAAAGUCUUUACGUGAGAAGGAAUCACAAUUGAAUUUGCUCCAAGGCUCUGAAGAUUCUGGACGUGCAAGUGGCUUGACUUCUGAAAUUGUGGAAAUUGAACCAGCGAUUAACAAGAGAGCAGUCUCUGUCUCCACUGCUCCUCAAGUUCGUAGCUUAAGGAAACCUAAUAACGACCAACUUGCAAUUGCCAUUGACAUGGAUCCAGGCGGCAGUACUAGGUUAGAAGAUGAAGAUGAUAAUAAAGUUCAUGGAUUCAAGUCCCUUGCAACAUCAAGAAUUGUCCCAAAAUUUACGAGAGGCGUGACAGACAUGGUUGAUGGGUUGUGGGUUUCUUGCGAUCGGGCAUUGAUGCGGCAACCUGUUUUGCGGCUUGGUAUAAUCAUCUAUUGGGCUGUAUUACAUGCACUACUUGCUACUUUCAUUGUAUAACGGGGGAAGCUGGUUCUUUGGUUCUACUGAGCGAUGGUUGAACCAAUUCUAGUAGGUACCAAAUUCCUUAAGUAAUUCUUUCUUCUGAAGUCCCCAAUUUAGCCAUGGUCAGAGAUUGAUUGAUUGAUUGUUUAUCUUAACCAAGCUACUGUGGUUUUUCCUCUGUGUUAUUGUUUUUUUCAUGAAAGUCUCAGAAUGCUUGGUUGCAUUUAAUAAAAAGUGGGAAGUCUUGCAGAGCAGAUACUUUCUUGACAAUAGGUAUACGAAGGCUGCCAUUUUUCUCUUUUGGUAUUAGCCUUCUCCCUUGAAAUAGGUAAAGGCUGUAAAUCUUCAUCAGUUAUACGGCUUCUGUAACUCAGUACAUUCAGUAUGUUAUAUGCAAAACUGGCCAUGCUUGGGAAUAUUUAAGGAUGUAAUCAAACUGUGACUAGCCAAUUGAUAAAUGAAAUAUGGUUGGGUUCAGGUUGA